AUGGUUGAAUCCUCCUCCUCAAGCACGUCCUCCCACAACGGGUCAGGCCUGAGAACCCCGGCUUUUCCUUCGCAUUUGAGAAGUAUGAGCUCCCAUGUUGCCAUGACCAGGCUCUCCAAUCUUGCUGCCGUAACAGUUUAUAGUGACGGGGGGUCCAAAAGUGAUCUCAACACUGUGAACUCCAGUGUCGUCUUCAAUACUAGAGUCGGCUCCGAUUCGAGUAUCACGUCCUCCAGAUAUGAUGAUUACGAGGGCUCGCUGCACAGAAACGUCACUACAGCCAGUCGUGUUAAUCCACGAGGCCAGGAAAUCUACAGGAGGAGCCAAGAGCAACUUUACGGCCACCGUCAGACGGGCCCAGCAUCUGCUGCCAACUCAAGCAUUACUACCAGCAUCAACUACAGACCACCAUCAACUAUUCCAGAAUUGAAAGAAAUUGAUAGGCAGAGGUCUCAGGUCUCUGUCUCUGUUGCUGGAAGUCGUUCUACCCACAGAUCUGAAAUGGUUUCGGUUCAGAGGUCAGUAGGUGCCACGACGUCUUCUAGUUUAACCCAUGCGUCUUCCCUGAGAAGGUCAAAUGCUACUAAACGCAAAAUCGGCUGGCUUUCUGCAAUCUUUAGCAGCAAGCUUCGACUGAAGCGAUUUGUGCAGAGGUUUAAGAAAGGGUUUGCUAGGAAUAUUCUCAGGCGAAAGUCCAAGAAGGCCAAGAAGUCCAAGACGAAGAAGAGACCUACAAUUACACGGAUCGACGACUGGUACACUCCCGACCUCCACACUUACGAGACAAUUAAACAAGUUCAUGAGAAACAAAAGGAUAUCAACAGGUCGCGUUCAAUGAGGUCCACUGUUACUCAAAACGCAGCCCCACAACAGCAAACUCCCAAGCCUGAAAAAUCACAGCAGCCCAUGGCUCCAAUUGUGGAGGAGCCAAACCUAUCAUACGGAUCUCGAAUGGACGAUUAUCUUUCAGCGGAAGAAGCCAAGGUUGUUAACAGAUAUGACUCGGAUAUUGAUAAUUUCUCGAAAACUUUCUACAGAAGCUCUUUUGAGCUUGAGCCCACGGCGGUGCUUCCAAUAGAAAGUUCCAACCCAAACUCUCCACAAAUGCAUGUCAAACCCAAGUUCAGUAAGAACGAAGAACUCAACCGCGUUUUCGAGCUCUGGAAGCACUAUCUUGGUUUGGUUGUUUCCAACCGUAUCGAGAUGAAACUGGAAAUUGCUAAGAUUGCUCAGGGAGACUCCGAAAAGCAGCAGAACCAAAACGCGAGACGGCAAAGCGUUCUGGAGUCAAUCUUGUCGGAUUAUGAUGAAGAAUCGUCGGUUUUUUCCGGAGCAGAUUCCGAGAAUAUUGGAGCCCAAUCUAUUGCUAUGUCGGACGGAACUUCUGCAGCCUCGCAAGAGAGUUUUGACAGGUAUAAAAAAGCACCUGAGUCUCUUGCAGGUGCUUCUCGUCAUCCUGGGGUUGCGGCUUACGUUUCGGUCUGA